AUCAAAAUCAAUUCAAGUUUCAAGUCUGCUUGUGCUUACUAGCUAGUAGUUUAGUUUACUUGAAAUUAUUGCAGCGUUUGUAUUCGUUUCCAAUAUACAAUUACUAUUUUGAAUAUUUUGAUUUUACAGUUUUAUAAAAUGUCUGAAACAAAAGAAAACAUAUUUUUGUUUGUACCGAACAUAAUCGGGUUCGGGAGAGUAAUUCUUGCUAUUAUAUCUUUUUACUACAUGCCAACCCAUUGUAUCCUUGCUUGUACAUGUUAUAUUACAUCGGCGUUGCUGGACGCCUUCGACGGGCAUGCCGCACGGUACUUUAAUCAAAGUACUAAAUUUGGUGCUAUGUUGGACCAGCUAACAGACCGUGCUGGAACUGCUGGCUUAAUGAUGACUUUGGCUACAUUCUAUCCAAAGUACACCUUCUGGUUCCAACUUUCUAUGGUUAUUGACAUAACAUGUCAUUGGCUCUAUUUGCACACUUCUACCUUACAAGGGAAGACUUCACACAAAUUUAUUGAUAUGUCAGAGAAUCCCAUAAUGCAUCUGUACUAUACAAAUAAAAAUGUACUGUUCUUCAUGUGUGCUGGUAAUGAAGCAUUCUAUGCAGCCCUGUAUGUGAUGUACUUCUUCACAGGCCCCACAGUUUUGGGACUUGGUUUAUUUAAACUGAUCGCUUUGAUAUCCAUGCCUGUGGCAGUUAUAAAAGCAGCAAUAUCAGUUCUUCACGGAAUUGUUGCAUCUAUUAACUUAUCCAUUAUUGAUGUCAAUGAACGAGCGGCCAUUGCCCAGAAGCAGAAUAAUUAAGUUCCUGAAGCAUUUAAUAUAAAGAGGUAGAGUGUAAGUUAAUUUGAUUUUAAAGUCAAAUUUAUACAAUUCUAAUAUAUAAAAAUAACCUUCAAUUAAUUAUUCUUGUAUGUAUUUUUUUCAGAUUAGUAAUGUUG